GUCCGGGGGUGGCACGGGGGUGGGGGCGUCCCUGACUGCAGGGUUAGGGUGGUCUUUAGGUCUGUCAGUAGCAAAGCGGCGGCCUCAUCAUACGGAGCUGCUGGGCUGACCAGCUAGGCCGAAGUCACUUAAAGACGCGUACCACACCUUGUAAUAUAACACCAAAAAAAAAAAACCGCUACACGCUCCCGCCACCUAUACACACACAUACACACUUUCACAUAUACACACAUAUAAAUAUAGACACAUAUGCAUAUAAAUACACUCACAUAUAAGUACAUGUGCAUGUAAAUACAGUACAUGUGCAUAUAAAUACAUUCACAUAUAAGUACAUGUGCAUAUAAAUACAUUCACAUAUAGUACAUGUGAACAUGAAUACAUUCACAUAAAAGUACAUGUGCAUAUAAAUACAGUACAUGUGCAUAUAAAUACAUAGCACAUAUACAAAUACAAGCACAUAGACACAUAUAAAUACACACAUAAACGAAAAUUAUCACACAUAUACAGACAUAGACACUCUUCCCCCCCCCCUGGACGUUCAAGUUACACGAACACUAGUACACACACUUAUCCUAGUGCACCUUCAAGGACCUAUACUUAAGCGCGAGUCAAAGGCACACGAUUAUACGGUGACCGACCGUCGUCGUCGUCGUCGUCGUCGUCGAAAGAAAGACACUCCGCGAGGACCUAAACGAGAAGAGUGCUCCGUGUUAUAUUAUAAAUACUGAAACAAAAUAAUUUUUUGAUUAUUAUCAAAGACUGAUAAACUUUUUUCGAAUUAUUUUCUACUUUUUCCCAUCAUUAUCUGGAAUUUUUGAUGACUUUUUUAUCAUCAUCAAUUCUUCUUCAUCAACAACAACAAUAUCAAGUGUUUGGAAUCUUUGUUAGUGUGCGAGUGGAAUAUUUAUGUGAACCACGUGCAUUAGAGAAAUUUUCGUCAAUUAUACGGAAAUAUUGUUGAUUUUAUUUCUUGAUGUAAAGAAAGGAAUUAUAAACGAAGAGAAGGGAUUUUUUAUGGAGAUUGGAGUUGAUUGAUAAUAAUUCUUCCGUGAAAGACUUGUUGUGAUAAACGGGUCUUAGUUUUCGGUUUCGGGAAUUUUUUUUUCUUUUGUAAUCAAGUGCUCAACACGUGUUCUUUCUUGUCGAUAUUUAAUACACUGACAGGGAUAAGCUAAGAAAGAUUGACAAAUGACGCCGUAACGGAGAGUCGGCUGGUGCAAGAACCAGACAAGAGAGCAUCCGGCACCUUGAACAAUCACCACGACGACACCGAUCAUCACGGAAAAUAAAAAAGAGUGGCUAAUCGAGAAGAGGGAGCGAGGGGCAGUUAGCCCUUUGGCGAACUCGAAGGAUGCAGCUCCCAGGGGGGAGCACGAGGAUUCCGCGAGCGAGCGUUCCAGCGGCUAUUCUCGCUAUAAUAACAAGCAGCAAUACAAUAAUUGACAAAUACCAAUACAAGUGUAAAUCGAGAAAUAGUAAAAUUUGCGCAAGUAGAUAUCGUCGUGGCUGCGGCAUAAGCAAGGAGUGCUGCACAAGCCUCGACCACGAGCCGAUCCCAUUGAAAAAGCGUCGCGGUUUCGACUCGAGUACAAUCCGUCGACACCGAGAUACACGGCGGAAGGUGUGGAACAAGGAAUAGUAAUAAGAAGAAGAUUAAGAAACAGGAGAAGAAGAAGAAGAAGGAGGCGAAGGGACGAGGAAAGGGAAGAAGAUAUCGAGAAAGUGUGCUGUCGUCAAUAAGGGCGACGGCGCCGGAAGAAUCAGGCAAAAGAAGAAGAAGAAAAAGAAGUUGGAGGAGGAAGAGGAGGAAGAAUCAGGAAAAAGAGUGAAGGAGAAAAAUCAGCAACGGUUGUCGACGACGAAGGAGAAGGAAAAGUGGAAAGGGAACUUGAGAGUGGCUGAAAAGAGGGGAGACCUUACUGAAAGAAACGAGGAGGCAGCAGCUGCAAAGGUGGUAGGGGAAGAAAUAUCGUGUAGAAGCAUCCACAGUAGUAAAGGCAGCGCUCCGUGUUACGAGGGGCUAUUCAAGCGCGAGGGGGAGGGGUGACAAGAAGCCCUGGCGGGGAGGGGAAGCGGAGGCCUUCGGGGGGCCGACCAACCAGACGGCUGAUGAUGUCAUCGGAGGAGGAGACCGAGUGUUUCGCCCUCUACGGAGCAACCACGGACAGUAAGCAACAGCAACUCUUGAAGAAGCAGAAGCGCACCAGACAGCGCGUGGACGCCGGCGAGCCGCGUAACAGCUACUCGAGUAUACCGAACUUCACGUCGCGACCUUCAUUUCCCGGCGGUGCAUUUUACGGCGCGAUAUUCAGUGGUAACGGUGUCCCGCACCAGAACACCCAACAACCGCUUCAACAGCAACAACAACAACAACAACAUCACCAGCAACUCCAGCAACAGUCUGGAGUGCCUAGAACCCAAGGUCAUCUAGGUGCUACAACGACGGGUCCCACGGCAGCCCAGCAGCAUUCCGCCCACCCGGCCUUCGGGUUUUUUGGGGCAACGGGCUUCGGCCCUCCCAAGAUGCUUAACGAACUCCUAGGCCGACAGGUCAAGCAGGCCAGCGACGCUGGGGGAUCGCCUCUCGAAGGGAGUCACGGAAUGACAGGGGCUGGCAUGGAAUCUGCCACCAAUUUGCAGCAGGGGGCAGUUGUCAACUGUGACGAACUCACGACCGCAGAAUUGGCGCCUCACAUGCUACGCAACUUGCUCCAAACGCACAAGCUCAAUGCUCUCUCUGCGCAGGACCAGCCCACCAACAACAACAGUAUCCACAACAAUAACAACAACAACACAACCACGGACCUACUAAAAUCCCAACAGCAUCAGCAACACAGUCCUCAUCAUCAGCAAAAUAGUGAGAGUGCGCGCAGUGGAACAGUGCAGAGUGGCGGCGAGGAAAGUGUCGAUGGUAAUGUGAAUAAUGCGAACCACAGUGAUCGUGAUAGCGUGAUGCCAGGUGAUGCUGAAGACAGCGCUGAAGAUGCUGCUUCAGCCCAGCGCGCAAUGGACGAGGCUCUAGCCGAAGCCGGCAUGGAGCCCGGUGCAAAUUUAGACGGUUCCGAUUGUGAGCAAAGCCUUCCAUCGAGUCCCUCGGUCCCACAAUCCGGAUCCGUAUCGAUAAAAGAAGAAAUGCAGGACUCAAUAAACGUCAAACACAGUCCCAGCAAUUCGCCAUGUCCCAUUCUUCCAAAGACCGAAACCAAUUCCCCAACCACCGAAAUAAAACGUGCUCGAGUCGAGAACAUUGUCAGCUCGAUGCGAAGCAGUCCCGCAUUGCAACCAGUCACUGUCAACGGCUGUAAAAAACGAAAACUCUACCAACCCCAACAGCAGACGGUUCACCACGUUCACCAACAUGGCGUCACCGACUCAAUGCUGGACUACGAGGAGGACAGCGAGGAAGAGGACACCCUACCAAUAAAAAAGAAACGCGACAAUCUCAAAAUGCAAUUACAAGGCAUGCAAGAAAAAUUAGCGGAAAUGCAACAAAAGUACAACGAGCUCACCAACAAAGUCGACGCCGAAGCGUUAGACAUCGGAGACGCGCCACCUAGUCCGCAACUACAACCUCUUCCCCCACCGAGACCACAACGACCUCAUCCACCAUCCUACAAUGGCAUCGCCAAUUUAACACCCGAUCAUCCUCACGUUGCUGCUGCAGCCGUCUAUCACAAAAUGUACCUCGAGCAACAGCAGCAGCAACAACAACAACAGCAACAACAACAACAAGCUGUUCUCGAAAGAAUGAAACAACAUCAAGAAGCCGCCAGGCAGCAACAUCAACAAAAUUCACCCCAACUAUCAACCACAUCACAACAACCAAGCCAAAACAAUACCGCACCACCAACUCCCCAACCCCCUCAAUUGCAAUCAUCAAACACACCUCUACUCCACAAAGACUACAAAGAUUUUCAAGAUCGAUUACAAGUCUUCCGAGGAGCAAAUCAAAGUACAACCUCCUCAUCAGUGACACACAUAACAGGCGAUGAACUAGAGGGUUUCGCGGAUACAUUAAAAAAAGAAAUCAGCACCUCACUAUCAUCAUUAAUUGACAGUAUAUUCGCGAGGUACGCCCCACAACGGCGACUUCUAAGUAAACAUAAUGAGGCCGUUCAAUCGGCAACCGAGCAAUUCAGUAAAGUUGAUUUAAUGGCGAGUCAAGUACUCGAGAGGAAGUCACCGAGAACGAAGGUAGUUGAUCGAGGAGCACCCCAAACACCGGGUGGCCCAAACGGACUACGGGGGCCCCUAAACGGUGGGCCCCCGCCUCCACAAUCUACGGGGUUUCCCCAAAUCGGUCCCAUGGGUGGUGGUCCCCAUGGUCCACUCUCUGGUCCCACAGAAAAUAAUCUCAAUCAAAUAAAUCAAUUGCCCCCACAUGUUAGGCCAAGUGUUGGUAUGUUUCAAACUCCGAAACCAUCGACAAUUUAUGGCAUGUCAUCAAUGCAUGCGCAACAACAGCAACAGCAGCAGCAACAACAACAACGAGAUCAACAACGGGAUCAACGUGAACAAUAUUGUAAUUUGAGAAAUGACGAUAGAGAAAGCAGGGACUCGGAACAAAAUGAGGCACUAUCGCUUGUCAUGACGCCAAAGAAAAAACGCCAUAAGUUGUUUUCUCAGGUGACCGAUACAAGGAUUACUCCAAGAACAGUGUCGAGAAUCUUAGCGCAAGAGGGUUCAGUGUCACAGGGCGGAAGUGAUAGUCCACCACCACCGCCGCCCCCAAGAACUUAUCACACACCGAUGCUGCCAGUGUCUCUGCCAACGAGUGUAGCGAUACCAAAUCCAAGUCUCCACGAGAGUCAAGUAUUCUCACCGUAUUCGCCAUUCUUUAAUCCUCAUCCGGGACAUCCGGGUCAGGUACCACCACCAGGGCCUCACCAUCUUCCGGCAAGUCCACCCGGCAGUGGUAUUGAGCUCAGGGAUUCACCUCCACUGCCUCAUCCCCCGGCCAUGUUGCAUCCUGCACUUUUAGCGGCAGCGCAACACAGCAGUCCAGACUACGGACAUCUCAGGAUGGACAGCAACGACCGAGGUAGCGAUUGCAACUCCGGUGAUAUCAGUUACGACGGAGUUCAGCCUACAUCGUCGACGUUGACACCGAUGCAUCUCAGGAAGGCGAAACUGAUGUUCUUCUGGGUGAGGUAUCCGUCCUCGGCUGUCCUCAAAAUGUACUUCCCCGACAUCAAAUUCAACAAAAAUAACACCGCCCAGCUGGUCAAGUGGUUUUCCAAUUUUCGGGAGUUCUACUAUAUCCAGAUGGAAAAGUACGCGAGACAAGCUGUAUCGGAAGGUGUGAAGAAUUCUGAUGAUCUACGAGUUGGAGGUGAUUCGGAAAUCUAUCGAGUUCUCAAUCUUCACUACAACCGCAACAACCACAUUGAGGUAUGGGGUCCCCAGGUGCCUGGCAACUUUAGGUACGUUGUGGAGCAGACUUUGAAAGAAUUUUUCAAAGCAAUUCAAGGUGGUAAGGAUACGGAACAAUCCUGGAAGAAGUCAAUCUACAAAGUGAUCUCGAGGCUAGACGAUCCGGUACCAGAGUACUUCAAGAGCCCAAAUUUCCUUGAGCAACUGGAGUAAAGGUGUGCUCACAUCCCCAAUUUAAUCAGCGAGCAUCGAGUGUGAUUGCUUGAUGAUCGGCAGAGAAGAAUUUUUAAUGAAAAGAAGAUGAAGAAGAAACAAUGACACCGCGACGGCUGAGAAGGACCUUAAUCUCGUGGUUGACCGUCGAUGGAAGCGCAUCAGGUAUCCUUAGUAACAUAUCGAAACCGAGCGAGAGGAAAACGAAAGCGUAACACCUAGAGAUCAUCAUAAAAAAUUUAAAAAAAAACAAAAAACCGUCGCCAAACAUUUGUCACCGAUGCGGACAUGGCGAGCGGAUCACUUAUAUCCGAAACUCAAAACUUUGAGUGAUAGGAAUACAAAACUCGAAUAAGCGUGUCAAUUAAUUUGGGCGAGAUGACAAUUUUAUCGAGCACCUCAAUAAAAACCGAUUGACAAGUGGUCCACGAUGAGAAGGUCGAAUUCGCGCAUAAGUUGACUUUUUUUAAAAAUCAAAAUCCUUUUAUACAUUGAGGUGAUUUUUAGAAAUUUUCGCCAACACAAAAUCGUUACCAAAAAAAAAAAUCAAAUUGUUCUAAAAAAAUCAAUUUUUUCUUUAUUAUCAAUUCACGAAAAGUGUUCUCAAAGAACUUUUUAUGAAUUGAUAGAAAAAAAAUUCUUCGAGACGAGGAAUGGAACGAUCUGAAAUUAAUCGCAAAGCGCUCAAUUUCACGUCGUUUACUAUUUUAGUGACGAUUUUGUAUAUUAAUACUCGUCACGUGCUGUGAAUUAUCGUUUUUUUUUUUGUUAACAAAAUUAACGUAUUAAAGAAUAGAGAGGGAAAUUCUCUCGCGGAAAAGUGUUUGCAAUACGUGACGAGGAUUAUUAUUUUUCGGCCCUUUGGAGAUGACUCGAUGACGAGAACUCCAAAGUUGCAAUCUGCAGAAUGCAAAAAACUUUCUUUUCUUAGAAAAGGUAUUCAUACCAAAUAAGUUUUUUUUUUGCUUGAACUUUCGGGUUCUUCAAAUUGUAAAUAUGAGAACAAACAAAAAAUUUUAAUGUAUUGUAUAGGCCACAGAGGUAAAGUACGAUAAACGUGACGCAACAUUAUUAUUAUUAUUAUUAGUUUUUUCGUGCAAAAGAGGGAGAGCGUGCGAGUGAAAAGUAAAAGCGAGCGAAUGAAUAAACCAACUUUUCACGAAGGGCAAACAAAAAAAAAAACUUCGCGAAAAAAAAUUUAGUGAAAUUACAGAUUUAAAAAAAAAAUUCAAAUCAGCAAAUUUAUUGUGUAACACUUUUAAUGCUAUUGGACCAAAAAUGCAUUAAUGCGGGGACAAACUGAUUGUUUAAAGGACAUUUUCUUUUUGCAAUCUGUGUUUCAGCGGAGAAUAAUAUUAGAACGAUGGGAUUUUUUAUCAGGAGAAUUUUAAUAUUAGCAUUUUUUUUAUUUUUUGCAAUUCAAUUUUAAUCAAACUUCAAUUUUAAGUAUAGAAUUCAAGUAAAAUUAAAUUUUAUUUUUGAAAUUUAAUUGAAUUUGAAAAAUAAAAUUAAAUUUAUUUAAUUUAAAUAAGAUCAGAUUUAACUGAAUUUAAAAAAUAAAAUUCAAAUCUUUAGUUUUGAGAUUUAAUUGAAGUUGGAAAUUAAAAUUGAAUUCUUUCAUUCUUUUGGGACUUAUUUCUAAUUGCGAACAAUUCUUCAAUGAAGUAAAAUUUUAGGCAAAUAAUUUUUAUUCCGAGUGUAAAAAAAAUAUAGGGACAUUUUUUUACCACAAUUAAAAUUAUCGAACUGAUAUCAAAAGUAUCAAAUUGAUUAAACAAAAUUUGAUACUUUUGGUAUUUUUCGAAUUCAAAAUAUUCUUAAGAAUUUUAAACCGGUUGGAAUAAAUUUUAAUAAAUACUAAAAAAAAUUUUAUUCGAUUCAAAUAAACCGUUAUUUAUUUAAAUCAAAUAAACGAUCAUUUAUUUGAUUCAAAUAAAUGUUUAUUUGAUGCUAAGCAAACAUUAGAGAUUUUUCCAUCUGUUAUUUG